AUGCUUUCACUUCGCGCUUUCUCCCGUUCCAUUCCCCGGGUUUCCCGCUCCGUCGCCCGCACCUCCCUGCGCCCGGCCGUUCUCCCUAAGUCUAUUGCCCAGCCCUGGAAGCAGGCUUCCAAGCCCAUCUACGCCUCCUUCUCUACUUCCAGCGCAUUCCGUGAGCCCGCUGCUGAAGGUGACAUCGAGCUUCUUGCCAAGCUCGACGAGGAAGUUAAGCAUGAGAAGGCCUCCGGCGCUGAGGAUGCUAAGGAGCAGAAGACCAGCAUUGACUACACCCUGAAGGCUGGCGAGUGGGAGGUUAAGGAUAUCGCCGGCGAGCAGGAGGUCGUCCUGACCAAGAAGUUUGGCAACGAGAAGAUCCGCGUCACCUUCACCGUCGCUGAUAUUAACAACCUCUCCGAGGACCCCAUGGAUGACCUGCACGAUGAUGCCCUCUCCGACGAGGCCGAGUUCCAGCAGAGCUCCCGCGAUAUUGAGUCCGAGGAUGACAUCCUCCCCCCUACCUUCCCUGCCCGCCUGAGCAUCGCCAUUGAGAAGGCCAACAGCGGCGCUCUCCUUAUCCAGGCCGUCAUCCAGGAUGGUGACCUUCAGGUCGAGGAGAUCUCCCACUUCAAGGAUGCCGAGAUCGCUCACUCCCAGACCGCUGAGAAGGACUGGACUCGCCAGAGCCUCUACGCCGGUCCUCCUGCUGAGAACCUCGACCCCGAGCUCCUUGCCUUCUGGGGCCGCUACCUCGAGGAGCGUGGCAUGAACGUUGAGUUCCAGACCAUGGUCACCGACUACAUUGCUUACAAGGAGCAGAAGGAGUACGUCUCUUGGUUGGAGAACGUUCGCAAGUUCAUUGCUGCUUAA